GAAACCGACAAAAUGGAUGAUAAUCAAUGGGAUUGAAAAAUGACAAUGGGAACAAAAUACCUUUCCCUGAUCCCAAAAUGCCUUUCGCGGUUCCUUCCCUAAAAAAGACUAUUUUCUAGCUUGUCCCCAAGCACAUUGACACUCCUCUGUUUCCUUUGCGUUUCCUUUUCAUCAGCGAAGUCCCAAACUGACACAAUUAUCCAUUUUUCAGACACACUUUUUUACUUUUGAGAAACCCAAAAAAAUGAACUGGAAUUAAUCUCCAGAGGCUCAGAAGCAGAAACCAUGCCUUAAACCCUUCAAAGGAAUUACCUUUUGAGUCUUUCUUCAUUCUUGCAUAUACCAUUGCUUCCUGGAUCCCGCAAAAUGUUCUAUCCCCAUUAUUACAGAGGCCAUGAUAGCCGUGAUGGAAAUGAUUUGUCACUCUCCAGCGAGUCCUCCGGAGAGAUUGGAGCACACAGGGAGUCCUCUGCAUCAGAUUGCAUCUCAGAAGAGGACUUGGAGAGUGGAGCUCUGGAGACUAAAGUCCAUUCGCGUAAAAAUAGGGAGAAAGAUUGUAGGAUUUGUCAUUUGGGUUUGGAGAGUGGUGGUGAGUUAGCUAUUGAGUUGGGUUGCUCUUGUAAGGGUGAUCUGGGAGCUGCCCACAGGAAAUGUGCAGAAACAUGGUUCAAGUUCAAGGGAAACAUGAUCUGCGAGAUAUGUGGUGCUACCGCUGUCAAUGUUGCUGGUGAUCAAGUGAACGAGGCACAUACUGCUAUAUCCGUAGCCCCAUCGACACCUGUGGCUCCUGUAAUCGUUCUGGAAAACCCAACUUUCUGGCAUGGCCGCCGCAUAAUGAACUUGUUGCUUGCCUGCAUGGUCUUCGCAUUCAUCAUUUCUUGGCUUUUCCACUUCAAAGUCAUAAGAUGAACACUAGAGAAAAUUUGUGAUAAUCUCUCUGCUUAGUCAAACGUGCAACUCCCAGUGUCUUGAUGUGCAUUGGCAAAAUACCACCCUGGAGACACAGUUGUCUUCACACAACAUUGUAAAAGCUUCUAUGUACAAUGUUUUACAUAUCAUAUACGUGUAUAUUCUAGUUGCCCCAAAGUGGUUUCUUUGUCUAUUUUCAAUUGAAUAGCAAUUAGUGAAGAACUG